AUAGUAAAUGCCACAUCCAGAGCAAGUGGAGGUUGAACUUAAUAGAAUGAAAGGUAGGCCUUUCAGAUAUAUGGAUUAUGUUGUCCGUUUAGUCCUCAAGAUUUUGUAUGCAGACAAAAACUAUCAAAAUAAAUCGUCGAUGAAAAAUCGUUUGUCUCGUGCACUCUUCCUUAUAGCUUACUGGUAUUAGUCGAGUUAAUUCAAUCAUGGACGGAGCCAACUCAACCUCCACACAGCCGAGUUCCAGGACGAGCAUCCACGUGACAGCCAUCGAUAGCAUAGUGAAUGUAAAUUCACUCUUCACCAUCGCAAUCUUCAUCGGCUUCUCCUUCACUGUGCCCAAAGCCCAUAUCGUCGGGAACACGCAGUCGUGUCACGUCGGCAUCGAAACGGUCAGAAGACUUAUAGUUUCUGAAAUUGUUUCCUUCAGUUCGUUUCUAUUUUCCUCGCUCAUAGCACAAAGUCUCAAAUUGACAAUCAACUCGCUCAACAGUUUAGAUCCAAUAGAACAUCUUAAAGCUGAUAUUAACUCUUCUGCAUUGAAAUUCGGGUUGUUAGGCUCCGCCGUGGGAUCGGUGGUGGGAUGCCUUUCGUUGAUAGUUUCGAUUUCGUAUGCUAUUCAAGUGAAGUUGGGAGUAAUUUCUUGUGGAGGAGAGUCAGUAUUUGCGGUUGCAGUAUUGGCUGUAUUAGUGGGUUUAGGACUACUAAUUUAUAUCAUGGCUACUAUAUUGCACUUGUUUCAUUGUUUUAUUCCCCAAAUAAUGGCUGAUAAAUAGGUCCAAACGAGAAGAUGUUAAUGCUUUCAUGCCUUGUAUUGAACUGUAUUAGAUAAUAUAAUUGAUAAAAUUUACUCAUUUUGUCAAA